AUGACACAAUGUUUCUUACUUCCCUAUUUUAGUGAUUGCUUUAUCGCGGCACAGCAAGGCCUUGUCCGAUGUGAGCAAAGGUCGAAAAGAACACUUAUUUUCGAUGAUCUCACACCAUUAAAGCAGAAGUAUCGCUCGAUAAAUCUGCUAAGAUCUUGGAAACUUGGUCCGAAGGAAAACAUAUGGCGCAAACUCGUGAUACGGUAUCGCUGGUCUAUAUUAGGCGCUAUUGUAUCAAAGUUGAUCGCUGAAGUAUUCGAAUACCUCAAUCCGCUUUUACUCAAGUUGCUAAUAGAAGCUACGUAUACGCCAAGACCACUUACAAAGUGCCUGACAAUCUCACUCAUCAUGUUUGCAAGUGGCGAGUUGAAGUCACUAUUUCUUGGUAUUCACAAUUACCUCGUCGUAAGGGAUGCCUCUACUGGAUUGAGCCUCAUAAUUAACUUGAUCUCAAAGAAGAGUUUACGACUCUCCAGCUGGGCUCGCACGGAAUGGCCCAGUUCUCGCGUAGUCAAUCUUGUCACUAUAGAUGCCGAAGCUGUAGCCACUUCUGUGCCGUUUUUUCAUCAUGCAUGGGCCGCUGUAUUGGAGGUAAUCAUUGCUCUGUCACUCAUAUACUUCACUAUCGGACCACCAGUACUCGCUGCUAUAGUCAUUAUGGCUCUAUAUGUUCCAUUCAACUUCUGCUGCUCGUCAAUCAUUCGAUCAUUACAGGUGAAACAGAUGCAAAUGAAAGACAGUCGUGUGAAGUUCACGAAAGAGGUAGUCCACGGAAUGUCUGUCGUAAAGAUGUACGCUUGGGAGGAGGCGUUUGAGAAGAAAAUUAGUAGCAUCCGAAAAGAAGAAGUCAAGCUACUCAGGAAUGCUACCCUUGUUCUGAGAAUUCUGCAGUCCAUCAAUUCUGCAGCGCCCUUCAUUGUAGCGAUAGCUUGCUUCACCACCUUCGUGCUGUCUUCUUCAAAAAAUAUCCUGACACCAUCCAUUGCCUUUGUUGCACUGACAGUUUUCAAUCAACUUCGUCGUCCUAUGGCGUUACUCUCACCUUCUGUCCAGCAUAUCACCAAGGCGCUGGUGUGCAGCAAAAGAAUCAAAGACUUCUUAAAAGCUGAUGAGCUUGAAACUAAGCACAAUGUGGUGAAUGAGGAACCGGCUUCAAUCUCUUUGGAACAUUGUUUUUUCUCAUGGGGAAAGGAAAAGGAACAUUUGAAGGAUAUCAAUUUGAACGUCCAGGAAGGAGAAUGGCAUGCCAUUGUUGGACCGGUUGGCAGUGGGAAAUCAUCAUUGCUGGCAGCUAUAUUAGGUGAAAUGACGCAACUGGAUGGUUUGCGAAAGGUUGGUGGUACGGUAGCCUAUGUGCCACAAUCGGCAUGGAUUCUCAAUCAAACUGUGAGAGCAAAUAUUCUGUACGGCCUGGACUACGAACGUAACAGAUAUGAUAAGGUUUUACGCGCUUGUGAGCUUAAGAAAGACAUUUUCGCAUUACCACGGUGCGAUGCUUCAAUGCUGGGAGAAAACGGCACGAAACUGUCAGGAGGACAACGAGUGCGAGUGUGCUUGGCAAGAGCCCUCUAUCAGAUGCUGGUGGUAGCGAAGUUUUCAAGAAGAACUGACUGCUGA